GCGCGCAUAGCAUCGCUCUAAUGGACGCCGCGGAUCAGCAGGAAUGAGUAUUUGCACCCGAGGGCGAACGGGGUGGAAUUCGCGGCACAUAUGACCAUUAAAUAAACCGUUCUCUCUUUAAGUUUACCCCGUUCACACGUAUACCGUGUGAUAUUCUGACUCGCUUGCUUUUUCCGCCAUAUUUAAGGCAGAAUCGUCGAAAAAAACGUCAGUUAGCGGUGAGGCUAAAGCGCUGUUUCUCUCUCUCUCUCUCUCUCUCUCUCUCUCUCUCUCUCUCUCUCACUCUCUCUCUCUCUCACUCUCUCUCUCUCUCACUCACUCACUCACUCACUCACACACACACACAUACAUACAUACACACACACACACAGGUCUGUCAGUUUCACUCGCUUCCCCAACACUUUCCCACUUCUGUUGACAAAAAUGCAUCGGAAAGGCCGUUAGGUCUAGGAACGACAGUUCUCUGAAGUGUAUAGAGUUGUAGGAUCAUUGUGUCUCCUAUGGAACCAUAGAAUUCAUCGCUGUGAGCCUUGGUGGCGCUUGCAUGUGUGCUAGUCACAAUGAAGAGUGAGAUUCCGUCUGAGGGACGACGUAAGCAAGAGGCCCUGAAGGGGCCUCUGGCUAACCCUGAACCCAUGGAUACGGCUAAGAGCUUUCCCUCUGAGAUGGGGGUGAUAGGCAAGGCAGGAAGUGAUUUCUCUAAUCAGAUGUGUGCAGAGACCAGGCACCGACCUUCCCGAGAAGCUGGAGUUCGCAGAGACUUUGACAGAGGAUUGUCGGGACGCAAAAAGCGCAAGAGCCAGCAGCCUGGGCCAUCGUAUUGUUCCCUGAAGGAAGGUCAAGUGAGUGAGGCAGCCCUCACUCCUCCCCACCAUAGGUCGAUGCUGCUAGAGACCCAUAGUGAGGAUGAGAGAAACCCGGAAUCCUCGUUGAGUGACUGUGCCUCAUCGUCAUCCUCUAGCCUUCGGUUUGGUGACUCAGACACUCUUAGCUCAGAGGAGGACUGUAGGCCCACCAGUGGCCUGAUUUCAGUCAGGCAACAGCUCAAGGUGCCCGGGUCAGCCUCUACUGGCAGUACAGAAGCUGGGAUUGGCACGGCAGUAGGCAUGCGGCCCCUACUGGCACGUACUCGUGCCAGCAGAUCACGUAAGUGGGCGCGGCUUGAACCAGAGACAAAUCACGUGAAACGGCCGUGUCUCAGCUCACGCAGGCCGUUACACAGGAAACGUUUUGUGAAGGAUGGGGCAGGGGGUGGGGCCCAGCGGACUCCAAAGCAAAAGGAGCGAUUGCUGCUGCAGAGAAAGAAGCGAGAGGUGAUCGCACGGAAGAAGUACGCCCUUCUGCACAGUACUAGCAGCUCCAGUGAGGAGCUGACCUCUGAAUCUUCAUCCCCUUCUUCUACUGAGGCAGAGGAUGAGCUGUACGUAGAUGUCAGCAGCAGUAGCAGCCAAGCCAGCAAUGCAGCUGUGGCCUCAGGUGUGCUGGAUGAGGACGUGGUUGUGAUAGAAACAACUCCUGCUCCUGCAGUGCCUGCCAGUGAGGAGAUCAACGUCACCUCCACAGACAGUGAAGUGGAGAUCGUAACCAUUGGAGAUGCCUUCAGGCCACGUUUGUUGGGGAGCCAUGCCAGGAUGCACUGGGGGCCCAGCUGUUCCCAGAGUCGGGCUCAAGAGGGACGUGUCCGUCAUCGCCUGUCCACAGUCAUCCAGCCACUCAGACAGAGUGCUGGAGAGGUGGUGGACCUCACAGUGGAUGAGGAUGUUGUGCCAACCACAUCUGACAGCACACACCCACAGCUGGUCAGUUCCUCCUCCUCUUCCUCUUGCCGUAAUGCGUGUACCUCAGAAUCGCCACAGGAUGGUCCAGGGCCCUCCAGUUUCUGCUCAGCGGCUGCCCGUGAUAGCACACUUGCUGCUCUGAGCCACAGUGGAGUCCCAAGACCCACCACUGCCACCGAAGAUUCUUCUAUCCCUCAAUCAGAUGGCAACAGAAGGAGUAUGUCUGGUGAGAAUGGGGGUGUUGCGAUGCCCAGGUUACCCUCAUGUUGUUCCCAGCACUCCCCUUGCAGUGGGCCCUCUUCAAGGCACCUCUCUCUCGGGAACACACACUCAGGGUGCCUACAGGGCGGGACGACGCAGCAGUCUAGUCCCCCACAGUCUGGUGCCCACAGUCAUUCUCACCACUUCCACCACCACCACCACGCCACACCGGUCCCCUCUUCUCUGGCCUUCCCAGAGUCUAGCUGCCAUCUGGAAAGGCCCACUGCCAUGCCUGCCCCCUGUGGAGGGGUGAGCAGCAACCAGUUCCAUGACCAGCAGACUCUACCGGUGGAUCUCAGUAGCAAUGCACUGCGUAGCAGUGGAUCCAGUAGCACAGGGUUCCAUGGUACAUCUGCCUUCGACCCCUGCUGUCCGGGCACUGCCUCCCGGCCUCCUGCUUACGUUUCCCAGGCUGCACCUGGACCCAGCCAGCAGACUGUGGUCGACUCAUUCAGCUCAGCCAUAGUGGCCCAACCUCAGCCCCAACCUGCUCAGCUUUCCUCCUGCAGGCACUACAUCCAUCCCCCCUAUGGCCCCCUGCCACGCCCCCUGCAUCACCAGUCCACCUCCUCCUGCCCACACUCUCACAGCAAUGCCCCUCUCCCUCAACAGUCUCCUCCACAGGGCGACUAUGUCAUCCCACACCCUGUCCUACCCUUCCACACCCCACUGCCUUCUCAUGGCCCGGCCCACUCUGUGCCACCUGCCCCUCCACCCUCCCUGCCUGCCCACCAUCUGCAAGGCUCCAGUGCCCCUCUGCCGCAGCAUCUUCCCCCUGAGCACCAGGUAUUGCAGGACCACAUGCCCCUUCUGCUCCACCAGUGUGAUUUACUUCAGAGGAUGGAGGAUCAGAGACGCAGAAUGAUGCAGCACCCAACGCGAGCACACGAGAGGCCUCCGCCACAUCCCCAUAGAAUGCACCCUAACUACGGUCACGGACAUCAUAUCCACGUCCCACAAACUAUGUCUUCACACCCUCGACAGGCUGACCAGAGAACAACAUGGGAGCUGGGCAUCGAGGCUGGUGUUACUGUAGCUCCCUACCCUUCAGGGCACCUGCACCCCCAUCUGUCUCACUAUCAUCCUCCACCCAGACUGCACCAUUUUCCCAUCCAACUGAUGCACACUGGCAUGUCUGAGGUGACAUAUCCACACAUUCGCUACAUCUCCUCCAGAAUGACUUUUGGACGCACCUAUGAGGAUCUGCUGCAUUUAGAAGAACGGCUGGGGACUGUGAAUCGAGGGGCCUCUCAGGGAACCAUAGAGAGGUGCACCUACCCACACAAGUAUAAAAAGAAGGUGGUGGAGAGAGACACUGAGGAACAGUUAGCACCUGAAGCAUGGGCAUCUGUUGGGAAAAAUAUGCACUCAACCUCAAACUCGAGGAAGCUGCAUGAUAAGCAAGAGGAAGAGGAGGGGGCAGAGGAAGACACGGAGGAGAAAUGCACCAUUUGUCUGUCUAUACUGGAGGAAGGGGAGGAUGUCAGGCGCCUUCCAUGUAUGCACCUCUUCCAUCAGCUAUGUGUGGACCAAUGGCUCCUCACUAACAAGAAAUGCCCCAUCUGCAGAGUGGACAUCGAGGCUCAGUUAUCUCCAGAGAGUUGAUGCUAUUUUUCUUGCAACCCUUUUGUCGGACGUUUAUAUGUUGUUUUCCUUUUGAAUAUUUGUCAAUAAUGCAUUCAACCAAAGAUGGCAUGAAAUACCUGCGCAACUAUGGUAAAUUAAUGAAAAACAACAGUCCACACACCACACACACAAAAAGUAUUGAGCCUAGCGUGCCAGAAAUCAUUUAGUAUCAGUACAUCUAGAAAUAACAUCAUCUUCAUUAAGGGGUUUGAAUUGUAUUGUAUUUAUAAAGGUUUAUGUAGCUUUUGUCUUCAUAAUUGUUAUUGUAUUUUAUUUUUGCAUGGUUCCUUGCAAUGCAUUUCUUUGCACAUAUAAUGAAAUCGGCCACAUAAGGCCUGAGAACUUGCAGACGAGGAUUACUGCUCUAGUAAAGAAGCAUUUUUACAUACCUGAUGCCUUGCUUUACUGGAAUAGAAUGUCAACCUCCAUUUUAAAACAUUGCAGGACUCAAUUUAUUGAUCAGUAUAUUGAUUAGUUUUGUUUUAGACAAUGUGAUCUGAAAUAGAUUUUUUUUUUAAAGUGAAUCAAGACAUUCCUUAAAUAGGAAACAAGAUCAUGCUUAAGAGAUCAGCUGCUGUAACAGUGUUCACCCUCACACAAAUUCACUCUCGGCACGGGAAACUGGGGCUGAAGUCUGUUCCAUUUCUCUCCAGCUCGUUAUCUGUACUAACUGAAUUCAGGUAGUUUCAUAAAAAUACAUGUUUCACUUCACUUUCUUGAACGUUCACAUGGUUGUGUUGUAUUAGUCCCCUCUCAGCACCUCAAUCGGCUGUCACAUGUAACACACUUUACUUAAUGUAUUUUCAAAGAGAUAGAAAAAAAAUGAAUGUCACCAUUCUGUAUUCUGAUUGUUGUUUUUGAUGGUAUAAUGAGGUUUGAUUAGGUAAUUGAGAAAGUGUAUUUCCUCAGACAAGCUCAAUAUGUUGACUUCUGUUGGGAGGAAACACUGCGACCGCAAAUCUGGAGUACUGGGCGACAGCGAAUUUCUCCUAGCUGUGUUCAUUUAUCUCUCUAUCAACAAAUUAGAAAGUGACUCUUGUUAGCUGAUUGUUCUUUCACAUAUAUUGUCAUUAACACGCAUUUGUUCUGCAACUGUGCAGCAAAAUGUUUUUUUUUUUUUGUUUUUUUUUCUUUUUUCAUUUUCUUCCCUUCUUUUUUACGCUGCUGUGAAAACCUAACACUAAUAUUAAUCUCUACUAGCUAACUUGCAUAUACUUGCACAUGAGAGACAAAAGACAGGAGUGAUGUGAGAAUGAGUGCACUGAGGCUGUGUAUUUCCACUCUGAUUGCCGAAUUUUGAGAAAAACUGUAAUUAUUUUGAAUGGAGUGUUGGAAUGCAGUACUUAAUGCAGGAGUACAUGCAUUCAUAGAUUUAAUGGCCCCAGGAUGAUAUUCCAUGGGAUUUAUAUUAGUUUUAAAAUAAUGAAAUUAAUAAAGCUAGGUA